UCAUGGCUCAGAAGCUGGUGUCUAGCUGGUAUAAUCUUCAUUCUGCGGUGCCAUCAUCAUAUGUGCAACCACCAGAAACAAGACCUGAUAAUGCUGUUUUUGCCUCUGGAAAGUUAGUUCCAGUUAUUGAUCUUGAAGGACAUGAUCGACCUGAUAUCAUAAGGAAUAUCUUAAAGUCCUCUCAGGAUUAUGGCUUUUUCCAGGUUAUCAACCAUGGAGUUUCAAAGGAUAUAGUUGAUGCUACACUGAAUAUUUUCAAAGAAUUCCAUGCGAUGCCUGAGGAUGUGAAGAUAAAGGAAAGCUCUAAGGAUCCAAAUGGAAGGUGCAAGCUCUACACAAGUAGUGGAAGAGCCACCAAAGAUGUUGUUAAGUAUUGGAAAGACUCAUUAUCACACCCUAUGGGAGAAUUCAUGGAGUAUUGGCCAGAUAAACCACUUGGAUAUCGUGAAGUUGUAGGGAAAUACACGGAAGAACUGAGAAAAGUGGGAGUUAAGAUCUUGGAGCUGUUUAGUGAAGGAUUAGGACUUAACACAGAAUAUUUGUGUGGAGGACUUAGUGAAGACCCUGUAGUGUUGUCUCACUACUACCCUCCUUGUCCUCAACCAGGUUUAACCUUAGGAACAUCCAUUCACAAGGACCCUAACCUUAUUACCAUUCUGCUUCAACAAGUAGGGAUCACUGCACUUCAAGUCUUCAAAGAUGGGGAAUGGAUUGCCGUUGACCCCAUUCCCAAUGCCUUUGUGGUAAACAUUGGGAUUGUGUUACAGAUCAUUAGCAAUGGAAGACUCGUUGCUGCUAAACACCGGGUUAUCACAAAUUCAAGCAGUGGGAGACACAGCGUUGCUUAUUUCGUUAACCCAACAAAAGAAUCCCUUGUAGAACCUGCUAAGUCUCUCAUAAGUCCAACUUCUCCUCCAGUGUUUAGAUCUAUGACAUUUGGAGAGAUGACUACAAACUUUCUGACCAAAGGCAUUCAAUUUGAAGAAGAAUUGCGCACAGUAAAUUUCCAAAAAUAAUGGAAAAGUAAUGCAAAACUUAAAGGCUCAUUUUCAAACGACUAUACAAAGUUAUAUCGCACUUGAAAAAAUAAAGUUUAUGUUUGCAAUGUCCAAGCUUGUGAAUGUAGUGAACAUAUAUUACACUUCAAUGGUUUGUAGCCUAUUUGUAUUUUCAAUCCUUCGUACUCUUAAGAUUGAGAAACCCUUCUGCAAUGAAGUCAAAAUUUUCUGUUUCUCUAUUAGUCUUCUGGAUAAUGAUGACCACAUAAGUAAUGUGAAAUCAACUGAGCAAGAGAUUGGAUUGUGUGAAAUAUAAAGUUUCUUGCUGUUAAUUGCACUCAUGUCAUAAUUGAGGAAAGGUUAGAGAAUUAGCUAUUUUUUCUUUUGGCUAUAAUAAGAAGGCCAUUUGUGGUGUUACAAGCAACGAAAAACUGAUGUAAAACAGUAAGGAGAAUAUACAGAAUCUCAUCAAAAGGAUCAAUCAAAAGCAAGCUACCAAAUCCCACAAGUAAAUAACAGAAAAAUCUCACAGAUGUUAAUCCUGCUGAUGGAAUGAGAGAGCAUGCUCAAGUUCCACCUCUACUUCACCCAGUUUUGGGUGAAUAAUGGUAAUGAACAAUAAGGUAGAAUCAUUAUCAGCAUUGGUAUC